AUGUCGUUGAGGCCGAACGCGAGGGCGGAGGUCCGCCGGAACAGGUAUAAGGUGGCCGUGGACGCGGAGGAGGGUCGUCGGCGGAGGGAGGACAACAUGGUGGAGAUCAGGAAGAAUCGCAGAGAAGAAAGCCUCCAGAAGAAACGUCGCGAGGGCCUUCAACCUCCGCAAUUGUCCUCUAAUCUUCACUCCUCCGGCCUAGAGAAGAAGCUAGAGCAUCUACCAUCUAUGGUUGCUGGUGUUUGGAGUGAUGAGAGCAGUCUGCAGCUUGAGGCAACUACUCAAUUUAGGAAGUUGCUUUCAAUUGAACGUAGCCCUCCAAUUGAGGAAGUCAUACAAUCGGGUGUCGUUCCUCGCUUUGUUGAGUUUCUAAUGAGGGAGGAUUUUCCACAACUUCAGUUUGAGGCAGCUUGGGCUCUGACAAACAUUGCUUCUGGGACAUCUGAGAACACUAAGGUGGUGAUUGAUCAUGGAGCUGUUCCAAUAUUUGUGAAACUGCUUAGUUCUCCAAGUGAUGAUGUCCGUGAGCAGGCUGUCUGGGCAUUGGGAAAUGUUGCUGGUGAUUCCCCUAGAUGCCGUGAUCUUGUACUCGGCAAUGGGGCUUUGAUUCCAUUACUUUCACAGCUAAAUGAGCACGCAAAGCUCUCUAUGCUGAGAAACGCUACUUGGACACUCUCAAACUUUUGCAGGGGCAAACCACAGCCUCCAUUUGACCAGGUUAAGCCUGCCCUUCCAGCUCUUGCACGUUUGAUUCAUUCAAAUGAUGAAGAAGUAUUGACCGAUGCCUGCUGGGCUCUGUCUUAUCUUUCUGAUGGUACAAAUGACAAAAUCCAAGCUGUUAUUGAAUCUGGAGUAUGCCCCAGGCUUGUUGAGCUUUUACUUCAUCCAUCUCCUUCAGUACUCAUUCCUGCCCUCCGCACAGUUGGAAAUAUUGUUACUGGAGAUGAUAUGCAAACUCAGGUUAUCAUCCAACAUCAAGCUCUUCCUUGCCUGCUGACCCUUUUGACUAAUAAUUAUAAAAAGAGCAUCAAGAAGGAAGCUUGCUGGACUAUUUCAAAUAUCACAGCCGGAAACAAGGAUCAGAUUAAGGCUGUAAUUGAUGCUGGUAUAAUCGCUCCUCUUGUUAGUCUUCUUCAAGGUGCUGAAUUUGAUAUAAAGAAAGAGGCUGCUUGGGCAAUCUCAAAUGCUACAUCUGGUGGUUCUCAUGAGCAGAUAAAGAUCCUAGUAGAUCAAGGGUGUAUCAAGCCAUUGUGUGAUCUUCUUAUCUGCCCCGAUCCUAGAAUUGUUACGGUUUGCUUAGAAGGCCUGGAGAACAUAUUGAAGGUUGGAGAAGCUGAGAAGAACUUGGGCACUACUGGAGGUGUAAAUCUCUAUGCUCAGGCGAUUGAUGAUGCAGAAGGGUUAGAGAAAAUUGAGAAUCUACAGAGUCAUGACAACACUGAGAUUUAUGAGAAAGCAGUAAAGAUUCUUGAGACAUAUUGGGUGGAGGAUGAAGAUGAAACAAUGCCACCAGGCGAUGCUUCUCAAACUGGGUUCAACUUUGGAGGGAGUGGCAUGCCAACUGUCCCAUCCGGCGGAUUCAACUUCAGCUAG